UCCCCAAUUUGAGUCACAGACUCUGGGAUGGUCAAACUUGUCAACGAGCUGCAAUUUGCAAAAGCACCAUCGCCAAUUCUAGUCACAGACUCUGGGAUGGCCAAACUUGUCAACGAUCUGCAAUUUGCAAAAGCACCAUCGCCAAUUCUAGUCACAGACUCCGGGAUGGUUAAGCCUUUCAACGAGCUGCAAUCACGAAAAGCACUAUCUCCAAUUGCAGUCACAGACUCCGGGAUGACGAGUCGCAACAAGCAACGGCAUCCUGUAAAGGCAAAGGGACAGAUGCAUGUUUCAGUGCUGGGGAUGCAUACGUCACGCACCUCCUCCACUUUGCAGCGAGAUCCGCUGGCACACUCAAGUGCCGGCUUGACGUAGAAGACAACCUGCA